AUGUCAAAUACAGAGGCUAGUAGGUUAUACGAAACUAUAAUAGAAGAUGUCAUAUCUGACUCGCGUCAAGAUUUCGAAAAUAUGGGUAUUGAUGAAGCCACACUACAAGAAUUGCGUAAGAUAUGGUGCGAAAAGUUAUCACAAUCAAAAGUUGGUAAAUUUUCAUGGGAUGAGAAUGACGAUUAUGGCGAUGAAGACCCAGCAUUACUGCUAAUAGGUAAUAAUAGUGGUAGCGAUGCAACUGCAGGUGUAACAGUCAAGGAAGAGCCCACUGCCACAUCCCAACUUGAGACUUCAAAUAAUGGACCUAUUGAUUCCAAUGUUCAAAAUGGUGACGUUGCUGGUAACGUUCCUGCAUCUGAUGUGUUGAGUUAUAAUAAUGAUUUAGGGAUAGAACUACCAUCGAUCUCAGUGAAGAAAGAGUCCAAUGAUGAUGGUUUGUCACUCCCGCCAUUACCUCAAACUGAUGGUACUUUUGAAAUGACCCUACAUGUAAAUAAUCCGAAACACGUACUAAAACAGCUAAAAAAGAGACCCAAGACGAGAGACACUAGCUUGACGCUUUACCAAGUUGAUGGGGCAUUGGAUGAUGAUGAUGAUGACGAUGACGAUGACGAUGGAGAUAUUUUCAAUGAUUCAGAUGAUAUAAAUUCUGAUUUAGAUGAUGAUUUAGAAAGCGACAAGUCUGACGAUGAGGAUGGAGACCAAGAAGGGCAAAUUAUGUUGUGCUUGUAUGAUAAAGUACAGAGAAUUAAAAAUAAAUGGAAAUCCAAUUUGAAAGAAGGUGUUGCGAAUAUUGAUGGUAAAGAUUAUGUUUUUCAUAAAGCUACAGGGGAAUGUGAAUGGUAA